ACAAAAUACCACUUUGGCACCGGCAUAAUUACAAAGCAUAGUGUUUAUGACAUGUGAUAGUCACCAGAAUAUAUAUAAAUAUAUAGACAUUGUUCAAAUUCUGAGGCUUAGUCACUAAAAGUAGAUAAAGUAAAUUUUAGAGCUUAUUCAACAUGUAGUCACGUUAAUAAUAUUUUAAUGUGACUCUUCUUUACGAUUUGGUGAGAUUUAUUUCGUGUUCCAAGUGCAAAAGAAGGCGGAAAAAGAGAAGACAGUGUAUUUUUGUUUACACCUACAUGUACUCUGCCAUAUUCAUCAUCCGCCAAUAAGAAAGUUUGUGGUUGUGGGGCAGGAAUUGUUUAUGCUCUGUGCAGCUGUCAAAAUUGAACAUGACGUGACUGGAUACAGCAUGCCAAAAUACAUGUAGUUAAAGUUAUUAAUUAAUUAAAUUCUACCUAAGUUAUUCAAGUUAUCAGCAAGCAUCAUGUUGAUUCGCCUUUUGUGUCCUCUUGUAAUUUUGCAUUACACAAGUGCAUUCCCUUUUCUGGGCUCAUUCUUGCCGGUUUGUUACGAGCAUGUUGGGUGUUUCGAUGUAAUGCCUCCUUUCAACAAUGCCAAGUAUGUCUACCCACAGCCUCCAGAAAGGAUUCAAACCCAGUUCUUCUUGUACACCGGAACAACCGACUCCCCACAAACCUUGGACCCGUAUGAUGCAUCUAGCAUCACAGGAUCAAGAUUUUCUAACCAACGGCCGACUAUAUUCAUUGUACAUGGCUAUUCGAGCAGUGUGCAGGAUUCUUGGUUUAAUACUAUGACUACUGCUAUUCUUGAGAAGAUUGAUGCAAACGUCAUAACCGUGGAUUGGUCGAAUGGGGCGGACAACUUGAUUUACCCGCAAUCAGCCGCAAACACCCGCGUGGUUGGAGCAACCCUUGCAAACCUUAUUAAAGGUCUCCAACAGCAUGCGGGGCUGUCCCUUGGAGAUGUACAGAUGAUUGGGCACAGUUUAGGGGCCCACAUUGCAGGGUAUGCUGGGUCUGCCGUUCCAGGCUGCGGUCGAAUUACAGGACUAGACCCCGCUGGACCAUUAUUUGAAAAUAAGGACCCUGCUGUACGUCUUGAUCCGACAGACGCUUUAUUCGUGGAGGCGAUUCACACUGAUGGCGAACCACUUACAAAUUACGGAUUUGGAAUGCAGCAAAAAGUUGGUCAUGCUGAUUUCUACCCUAAUGGCGGUGUUAACCAACCGGGGUGCCCCGAACACAAAGACAAUGUAUUUACAGCUAUUGGCACUCCAAACUCACUCGAAAGUUUCGCAAAUGGUGUUGCUUGUAGUCACCUGCGCGUGCUUGACCUGUACAUAGAGUCCAUCGAGUCCACCUGUGUGUUUAAUGCUUUACCUUGCGAUUCAAAAGAGGACUUUGAUAGGGGACGGUGCGAUUGCAAGAAGAAUUGUCAGUAUACAACUAUGGGAUACGGUUCGCUUCCCUCGGAUACUGGCGACUUUUACCUACACACAGGCAGUGCCAAACCAUUCUGUUUGGAAUGAAAUGUGAAGUUGUCUUGAUAAUACGAAAAAUUUUAAAAUAAAUCAGGUCAGCAAUUUUUACAAAA